AUGGAUAAGAUUGAGCGCCUGAAAAUGCUCUUUGAUGGAGAUGAAGAACUUCUUCAGACUGACACAGGACUUCAUACUGCACUUGACGCUGUGCUUGAAACAUGCCACCUUUCCCAGGAACAUCAGAACAAUAUCAAGCCACCAGAAGUCAGUGCCUUGAAUCCAAACAAAGCAGCCGGUCCAGAGACUGGCUUUGAUGAAUACCAAGCUUCUUUCUCCAGAGCUGAACGGAAAGCCAGAAGGAAAAUGCAAAACAACAGUAAGAAUACCAAUAAUUCCUUCGGUGGCACAAAUGUAGACUUGUCUGUAUUGACGUUCUCCCAUCACACCCUCGUAGCGGGCGGUUUCAACAAGCCAACAUCGUUCUGCCCAAUAACUGCUGUCAGCCGCUUCCCAUACGAACAUGUCCGCAUUGGCGAUAGAGAUAGAAUCGCGAAAAGGUUCUUUGACAAAGGAAAAUUCUGGAACAGGUUUUGGGAUAUAUACUAUAUUCACCCUCCGCUGUUCAUAUCGAUCCAGCCUCUGAUUCUGGUUCCAAGCCACCAGGUCCAAGAUCUCAUCGAUGAGAUAAACGAAGCGUUCAAGUGUCAGCUUGCCAUUCCAUCAGACAGGGAACCUGGGUUCCUAAUAUCCUUUGAAAACGACAGUACCCCACAGCCACAGUACCUUGGAACGUCGAGAAGUCGGGACGAAAAAGCAGAAAUGGAGUCGACCAUACCGGCGGCACCAACAGGCCAUGGUGAGCCGCCUACAGGCUCCUCUGUCGAAAUCGAUCGCUCAUUUGUCGCGUUCAAAACAAAGAUGAAAGCUGCUAUCGAUGCCACCCGGAGAAGAAACAGAGUAGCCAAUGAGAAACGACAGGUUGAUCGUAUGCAGAAACUGCAGGAUUGGUGUCGCACUUUAAAGCGGACCCAGUGUUACCUGGGAAUACAUCCUCAACGUCCCCGUGAUCUCCAAGCUCCUGAGACCAUUGGUCUCCCUUGGGAAGAGCAGAAGCGGGUUGAACGUGAAUAUGCAUUGGCAUGUGGGCUUGUUCUUCUUCCAUUCGAUGUCAAUGAGCCUGCACCGUUUGGUUUUGCGAGUGAGCCAAUCUUCUUCUGCGUUGAUGUCGAGGCGAAUGAGAGAAUCCAGCAACAAAUCACAGAAAUUGGGAUAUCUACACUUGAUACUCUUGACCUCGUCGGGAUUCCACCUGGCGAAGGAGGCUGUAACUGGAUCGCUAAGAUAAACUCUCGCCACUUUCGAAUUUCGGAAUACUCGCACGUCGUCAAUAAGGAUUUCAUCAUUGGGUGUCCGGAUUAUUUUGAAUUCGGAAAAAGUGAAUGGAUAUCAAUUUCAACAGCGGCGCAAGUCGUUGAUGAGUGCUUCCAACCUCCCUAUGCUGCUCACACGCGCCGGUUUCCCCAAAGCUUACCAGGCAGAAAGGGUACCCACGGCAAUAACAGCCGAUAUAUCAACUCUCAGAGUACCCCUGAAUCACCAGUUUCCCAUAUUGUACCCAAGGGGGCUGAUAUUCUAGAUCCCAUCCCGGAAUACAAAGCCCGCGCACGCAACAUCAUCUUCCUCGGCCAUGACACCGAAAGCGACCUCACCUUCCUCCGCAAACUGGGAUGCCAAACUUUCACAAAACCCACCACCACAGCCAUCACAACCUCCCCCUCAUCAUUACCACACAACCAAACCCAACAGACCCCAAAGCCCAACUUCCUCGAAACCCUUGAUACCUCCGUCCUCUACCGGGCCAUGAAGCACGAAACAGAGCCAGCAUCCCUAGGUAGAAUUCUAGCCGAUCUCGGCAUUAUGGGCUGGAAUCUGCACAACGGUGGCAACGACGCGCGAUAUACCAUGGAGGCCAUGAUUGGCAUCACGCUCAAGUCCCGUCUGCUGCUUGAUAAACCUAUUGACCUGGAUGAUCAGAGCAAGGAGGGCGGCAAUGUAUAUGAGGGGAAACGGAAAGAAGAGGUGGAGAGGAGGGUUCGAACUGGUGUGAGGGAUUUGGAGGGGAGGAUGUGGUAUCAGUGCGCAAGUUUGGACCUGGCGCUGGAUGCUGAGAGUCUGGAGGUCGAUGAUGACGGUGGGGACGACGCUGGUAGCCUUUGA